AGCUUUUUCCCUCUCUUUCCUUAGGGAUGUCCCUCCGUUUUGAAACUCCAGCAGGGCAGGGCUGCUCCCCGGGAGCACAGGCGACCUCUGCCCCGUGACUUUUCUAAGCCUGCCUCAACCCCUUGAGGACGGCGCGACCUUCCUCCUUGGCUCCCGGUCAGCUGGGGAUUCUCAGACAUGGCGCUCCAUCGCAACCAGAAGCUGAACCUCCUGCGCCUGGCGGUGCUCCUGACUGUCAUCCUGGCCGGCAUCAAGUUUUUCUUCCGGGACAGUUUCACGCUGGACCCGCGCAAGGACUCUGACCCAGAGAGCGGCUUCUGGGGCCAGGUCGGUGACCUCAAGCAGCCUGCCAAGUCGAGAGGCCCUGCCUCAGAGUCCAAGGUGCCCAUGCCGGCCGCAGGGAAGCUGACGCGAAAGCAGACGCUCCAGGACUUCAGCUCGACCCAGAUGCGACUCGUUCACCUGGACCUCAAGGGGGCGGCCCCUAAAGUGUCCUACCUGGAGCAGGUCUUCCCGCUUUUCUCCAAGUUGGGCGCAAACGGCGUCCUGAUCGAGUACGAGGACAUGUUUCCCUACAGCGGCGAACUGGAGAUCCUCAAGUCUCCGUAUGCUUACAGCGAAGACGACAUCGAUAAGAUCCUGGAGCUGGCAGAGCUCAACAGACUGGAGGUGAUCCCGUUAGUGCAAACUUUUGGCCAUGUGGAGUUCAUCCUGAAGCACGACAAAUACCGGCCCCUGCGGGAGGUGGAGCGUUUCCCCAACAGUUUCAACCCCCACGUCCCGGAGACGCUGGCCCUCGUGAAGUCGGUGCUCGGCCAGGUCCUGCGCAAGCACCAGCGCUCCCACUGGGUGCACAUCGGGGCCGACGAGGUCUUCCACUUGGGGGAGGGCAUGGAUUCCAAGAACUGGAUGAGUCGCAACGGGGGAGACGUGGGCAAGAUGUACCUGAACCACAUCCGGGAGGUGGUGAGCUUCAUCGCUGGCCAAGCCGGCGGCUUCCAGGUCCUGCUGUGGGAUGACAUGCUGCGGAAGAUCAGCCCGGGGGCCCUCCAAGAUUCUGGCAUCGCCAAGCACGCUUCUCCAAUGCUGUGGUUCUACGCCCCCGACUUUGAUACCCAGCAGAUUGGAAAAUACAUCGCCAAGUACGCCGAGUGUGGCUUCAAGACCAUCUGGUUCGCCAGCGCCUUCAAGGGCACCACCGGCCCCGCGCAAGCCUGGACUCCGUUGAACCACCACCUGCAGAACCACCUGAGGUGGCUGAAGGUCAUGCAGUCGAUGUCCGCCACGCCUUCCAUCCGCUUCCAGGGCCUCGUCCUCACCGGCUGGCAGAGGUAUGAUCAUUACUCAGCUCUCUGCGAGCUCCUGCCGGUCGGCAUUCCUUCCUUGGCCAUCUGUCUCCAGACCUUGGUGAACGGGGGAUUUACCGAAGCCACCAAGAAGAAGGUCCUGGCCAUGCUGGGCUUCCAAAGCAUGAAUCUAGAGAAGAGCACCUGUGAUGGCAAUGGGGCCUUUCCUGGCUCUGACAUCUACCGGAUGGUGGAGCAAGUCAACAGCCAGCUGAAGGACUCGGUGGUCAAAAUCCUGGAGGAAGAGAGCUCCAUCAAGGGAUGGUUCAGCCCCUACCAUCGGAAACACCAGUUCGGCAACCCUCGCAAUCUGGAGAACUUCGGUAGCAAAGUGCUCAAGGUCCACGAGGACUGGGAGAGCUUCAUCCAGACCCUCCGCUCCCACUUGGAAGGCAUCUACUUCCCAGACACGGUGGAGGAGUGGAUGGAGGAGAACAUCAACCCCCACAUGGACCGGCUGCGCGAGUUCGUCCGAGACUUCCGAGAGGUCAUCCGCCUCAACGCCCGGCCGAAGGCUCUCGACUAGGGACCUUUCCCGCAAGGGGGUGGCCCAGAGACCCAGGCCGAGGAGGGUGGCUCUUCGGUGGUUGCAUAUUAAAUAUGGGGGGAGGGGAGGGGAACAGAAAAGGUGGGACACUGAGCCCAGGCCAAGAAGGCAAAGAGUCCGGGGCAGGGGCAGGCUUCGUUUCCCGGCAUGACAGGACAGGAUACGUCUCUGGGCCCGUUCCCAAUCUCCACCCGGUUCCUCUCCAAAAGAUGGGGAUGGGAUUGGGUGGGUGAGAACUAGACUUGGCAAUGAAC